AUGCACCCUCUCUUGGACGGUACUAAUUGCGCAUGCGUUAAUCUAUCAAAACACCGAAAGCAGACGGGUGACUGCAUGAGGAUAUUCCAAAAAAACAAUGCCUUAUCGAGUGUGCGGUGACUUUGAUUUAAUCCCAGUGUGACAGCUCGGGGACCGAUCAGAGAAUGGACGUCACCGUGUCGGCCUCCGGUGGGACGGCAGAGGACAUGGAAGGCAUCUGCGUGAUGCCCGACUUGAGCGUCAUCAAGACCGAGCAGUCGAUGGGCGCGAGCCCCGACGACACGGGCACCCAAAACGUGGCCAUGGGCAUCAAGUUCAUCCUGCCCAACCGCUUUGACAUGAACGUUUGCUCGAGAUUCGUCAAGUCGCUGAACGAGGAGGACAGCAAGAACAUCCAGGACCAGGUCAACUCCGAUCUGGAGGUGGCUUCCGUUUUAUUCAAAGCUGAGUGCAACAUCCAGACGUCCCCGUCCCCGGGGAUACAGGUGCGCCACGUGUACACGCCGUCCACCACCAAGCACUUCUCCCCCAUCAAGCAGUCCACCACCCUCACCAAUAAGCACCGCGGCAAUGAGGUUUCUUCAACGCCUCUUCUGGUGCAUUCUCUGUCCAUUCAUCAGCUCGCAGCACAGGGUGAAAUGGUGUUUCUGGCCAGCAGGAUCGAACAAGAAACCGUCAUCAACCACCAAGACGAGGAAGGCUUCACCCCCCUGAUGUGGGCGGCGGCGCACGGACAAAUCGCCGUCGUGGAGUUUCUCCUCCAAAAUGGCGCCGACCCCAACCUCCUGGCCCGAGGGAGGGAGAGCGCGCUGUCCUUGGCCUGCAGUAAGGGAUACACCGAUAUCGUGAAGAUGCUCAUCGACUGCGGCGUCGACGUGAAUGAAUACGACUGGAAUGGGGGAGCCCCCCUGCUGUACGCCGUCCACGGGAACCACGUGCGCUGUGUGGAAAUUUUGUUAGAGAGCGGCGCUGACCCCACCAUUGAGUCGGAUUCUGGAUUCAAUGCAAUGGACAUGGCUGUGGCCAUGGGUCACCGCAACGUUCAACAGGUGAUGGAGGCCCACCUGCUGAAGUUACUGAUGGGGAUCAGAGAAUGAACCGGGACACAAGCGGCGCGCCAGCAGGAGCGCUUUGUUUCUAUUCGGUGAUAUUUCAACCGCUUUGCGUCAUCAUCAACAUUGUAUUGAAAUCGUGACGCACUUGACGGUUUGUGAUAAAACCCGAACGUUUUCCCCUUUGCUUUAAUUAGCCAGUGGAUGUGGAGCCGCAAAUCUCAUCCACGUACAAAAAGUUCAGUUCUUACAGAGCAGUGCAUCCUGGGUAGAGCUACUACCCAGCAUGCACUGCUGACUGCAGUAUGCCGCAUAAUGUGGAGCGCAGUGAAGGAUUGAUCAAGCAUGAAGUUUUUGUUUUCAGUCUUUUAACAUACAUGUUACUUGCUAACUUAUUAACCAUAAAAACAUUUAGGGUAAAAAAUCUGUAAUAUGUUGAAUUGCCUCGUGUUCAUAAUGAGCUCGUUUCAGGUGGAUUGAAAGUAGGUUUUUCACAAAUCGAGCCAAUCAGUUGAUCUUUGUGCCGUACUGACGUUAUUUAUUGGAAAAAUGUAGUUGCCAUGUUGUAUUGUGACUAAAGUGUACUGAUGUGUUGUGAACAUAAAUGACCUCGACGAGGGUCUUCUGGUGCCGCUUGUCACUGUGAUGGGGUUAAUUACUACAAGUCAUAGGUGGAUGCAAAUUGUGAAAAGGUCAAACUGUUUAACAGAUUUUUUUUUAAACAGCAGUCAUGUGGAGAAAACACGUAUUUGAGCACCACGUGCUGAACAUUGAAGCAGGUCAAAAGUCUAUAUACAGUUAAAUAAAGAUUCUCGUCUUUAA